UGUUUUGUACGUUUCUACAUUCUGAUCCGAGGAUCAGCUGGAAGGCAGCAAUAAACAGGAAAAUCUGCAGCGAAGGAAACAAAAAGAGGGGAGGAGGAAGUAGCUGCAGAUGUUAUGAUCUGAAAACAGUGUAAUUUUUUUUUUUUUUUUACACGAAGCCCUUCUUCUAAGAAGAAAGCCUUUUAUUUUUGUAUAUUAGUGCUCCAACUACCUCACGUAAAGGCUAUAUCUAAAGCUAUGCUUUAAGAGUUGUCGUUUCUACUGUGUUUUGACACCUCGUUUACAACUUGAACUCAAAGGCAGGCCUUUGUUCCAAACCAAGUGAAACCUUACAUUUGCACUACAAAAGUCCCUCCUGCCUUGAUUUGUCAAUUUCAAGAUCAAGCACAGGGCUUUAAGUGGAAACAAGAACAUCAGGCAGACAAACAGCAUUACACAACAACUACAAAAAAGAAAAGGCAGCUACUGCAUAAAUUUUCUUUGUGGGAGAGCAUAUAGCACAUCACAGGCAUCAAAACUUGACGACACAAGCAGAAAUGUUUCAGCGUCUUAGCAACCUGUUGUUCGGCGAUGUGGAAGAGGUAGCAGCUGAUCUGAAGGGACCCAAUCCCUGUGUGACUGAGGCAGACGAAGAGGGAUGGAUGCUCGUCAACCUGGCUGACUCUGACUGCAUGAUGCAGGUAGAGGAUGAUGUGGGAACCCCACUGACUGCACAAGCAUCACCCGACAGUAAACUAGCAGAUCACCAAAACAUGCAAACAAGGACUGAAUGCCCAGCCUCCAUGCCCCGUCCGCCUCAUAAGCGUCGCAGGCCACAUAAAGGUCAGACACGGGGUCCAGCAGCACCUUCGGAGCCCCUGUCUUGUCCCAAUGCUAGUCCACCACACUUAGGUGCCACCACACCUGUGAGCCUCCCGAGACGGGCCAGACUGUCCACGCCCUCCUCCACCCCGUCAAUGUCUCCAGGCUCUGGGAGUGAGUGCGGGGAGAGUGGGGGUGCCAGUAGGUCAGGAUCAGAGAGAGGCUGCAUGGAUGAGAGCUGGUUUGUCACCCCUCCCCCCUGUUUCACUGCAGAGGGAGCCACAGCAGAGACCAGCCCCAUGGAGGACCUGCUCAUAGAGCACCCCAGCAUGUCUGUGUAUGUCUCCCCCAACAACCUGUCCAUGCUCUCCAGCAGCAACCUGUCUGUGGUGGGGGAGGAGAGCAUUGUCAGCCUGGCGAGCAGUGCGAGCAGAGUGACUGAACCAGCAGCUCCCCCAGCCACCCGCAGCACUAUGCCCACCAGGGUGAGCCGUGGAGCGGCUGCCCAGGCCGGGGCUUUGGCCAAGGUCACCCAAGUGGCCAGGGUCCAGCGUUACAAGGCUCGCAUGGAGCGCCGCCAUCUGAGCCGCAGCCACAUCCAACGCCAAAACCGUGUGAGGGAGCAGGUCCCUCGUCACGCUUCGCACGCCAGAAACACCUUCCUUCACCAGCCCAGCAAGCGCAACUUCUGUCACUGAGGUUACCAUCAAAAACGGGGGGCUUCGUUUAUGUCUGGAGGUAUUCGUUGUGCAGAACCCAACACAGUCAACAUGUGUCCACCCACAGCAUUUUUAGCUUCCAUUUCCAUACAUUACAUCAGGAUGAGUCACAGUCUGACUCAUCUUGGUCAUUUUUCAUCCAAUCUGCAGUUAGAAAGCAGUUGCUAAAUGUAGAUCUUUGUAGACGUUAUGAUUACCCCCUUAUUGUCCUCCAGAAUAAACAACAAAAAAACAAAAAAAAAAUAAGUACGUUUUCAAGCUUUAUCCAGUUAUAAUUUCUCAAAAUGGCAAUAGUUGAGUUUUAUUGAUUUAUAUGUCUUUCUAAAGACAUAUGAGUUUUAUUUUUCUUCAUUUAAAACCAUAAUACUGUGUAACCAUCAUAGAAAAUAAAAUAAGACUGAAACAGCCCUGUCUUUCAUACUCUGACUGGAGGAACACUCUUCAUAGCAGAUCUAUAAAAACAAACAUGAUCAUGAUUUUAAUUUGGUUAGCUUUGCUUACAAAAGGUCAAAGAAAAUACCGUUUGGCCAGAAGGAGAGAAAAAUCGACACAAGUUGGUUUCUCUGCAAAGUUGCUUUACUAAAAACAAGUGUGUUGCCAGAGGAAAUAAUUGAUUCUCUUCUCUGCCUCGUGAAGAAGGCCACAGCAUGUAGGAGACGGUGAGAGUAUGUGCAAAACAGACUAAAGAGUAAAAUGAAUCCCUCAGUAUAUGCUUUUUAAAAAACGUGGUGUAAUCCUCAGAGCAGCCAGUGAAAAUU